AGCUUCUCAUUUCAUUCCUCAUCACAUCUGUGGAGCAAGCCACAGAAUCUGCAUCUCUUCUCAGACACUCCAGCCUACAGUUGUCAGGUUGUGAUCCCUCUGUAAGAUGACCCACCAGUUUCCGACCCUCACCACAGAGCAGAAGAAGGAGCUGCAUGAGAUCGCUUUGCGCAUCGUGGCUCCUGGGAAAGGCAUUCUAGCAGCUGAUGAAUCAGUAGGCAGCAUGGGGAAGCGUCUGAAUCAGAUAGGAGUGGAGAACACAGAGGAGAAUCGUCGCCUGUACCGUCAAGUCCUCUUUAGCGCAGACGAGCGCAUUGACAACUGCAUCGGCGGAGUCAUUUUUUUCCACGAAACCCUCUACCAGACUUCUGAUGAUGGUAUUCCUUUUGUUAAAAUGAUCAAAGACAAAGGGAUCACUAUUGGCAUCAAGGUUGACAAAGGAGUAGUUCCCCUGCCGGGAACUAAUGGAGAAACUACUACACAAGGGCUGGAUGGUCUGUCUGAGAGAUGCGCUCAGUACAAGAAAGAUGGAGCCGAUUUCGCCAAGUGGCGCUGUGUAAUGAAGAUCAGUGACACGGCCCCAUCUUCGCUGUGCAUCACAGAAAAUGCUAAUGUCCUUGCACGCUAUGCUACUAUCUGCCAGCAGCAUGGGAUUGUACCCAUAGUGGAACCUGAGAUCCUACCUGAUGGAGAUCAUGACCUCAAGCGCUGUCAGUUUGUUACAGAGAGGGUUUUAGCAGCAGUGUACAAGGCCAUGUUUGAUCAUCAUGUGUAUCUGGAAGGCACCCUGCUCAAGCCCAACAUGGUGACCCCUGGACAUGGCUGCCCCACCAAAUACAGUGCCGAUGAAGUUGCCAUGGCGACUGUCACUGCUUUACGCCGCACUGUGCCUCCUGCAGUCACUGGAAUAACUUUUCUCUCUGGAGGUCAGAAUGAAGAGGAGGCCUCGGUCCACUUAAAUGCCAUCAAUAACUGCCCACUGGUAAAGCCCUGGGCACUGACCUUUUCUUUUGGUCGAGCGCUGCAGGCCUCAGCACUGAAGACCUGGCGUGGUCAGAAAGAAAACCAGAGUGCUGCCACUGAGGAGUUCAUCAAACGUGCUGAGAUCAACAGUCUGGCAUCCCAGGGGAAGUAUUCUGGUGGAGGGGACAGCAGUGGAGCUACUGGUCUUUCGCAUUAUCUGUCCAGCUAUGCAUACUGAAAUACUAUCAUUACCAACUGUCUAUCAUUAUUCCAAAUCUUCUCAAAUACAGCCAAUUCCCCUGCCAGUGUUGUAGAAAUGACUGUCCUCUGAUACACACACACACACACACACACACACACACACACACACACACACACAACUUCAAGGUGUAUCUUAGGUUCAGUACAUAGCUGUUUGAACUAAAUCAGUAUUAAAGCUGUUGAAAUUAACUAAACGUCUCAAACACUGAUUAGAAAAGCGUAUAAAUGAUUAUGAAUACCAUAUGGAUAAAUGUGAUCUUGUAACUCAGCCAACACAAUUUGGGUUUCUCUUUACAACUUGUGCUUUACAGUGCUUGAUGGAAACAUGAUUUAAAUGUCUCUGUGUAAUGGAUAGGAAUAAGUUUAUUCACACUUAGUACCUGUGAGCCGUGUACUUUUG